GUGAAUAAGCUUAAGUCCCCAAAAGUCGGCAUGUUCCUUUAAGAAUCUUUAUUAACAUCUAUAGAACAUCUUUGUUUCAUAAAUGGUUCAUAGUUUACAGAUUAUAACAAGGUAUAAAAGAAGUGGUUCUUAUUCAGGAACAACCUCUGAUUUUAAAGGUUCUUCUAUGACAUCGCUGUGAGGUGCCCACUAAAUGAAUGUUAAUGUUUAUUUCAGUAUAGGUGAAAUUAAUCAUACUGAAGUCAUUUUUAGUGCAGCAGCCGUGCAGUCUCAUGAGACUCUCGGUGGUUAUAUUCAAAUGAUCUACUAGUACAAAAUGAACACACAUGCACCGAAACCUAAAACUCCAGACCAACCAAUGUCUCUGUUCUCAGUCAGGGUAUUUGUCAGCAGUUAAGAAAUGGCAAAAAGUUGCCCAGAGGGGAAGUAUUUGGACAGGCUGGUGCGAGAUUGUAUGUCCUGCAGCUUGAGCUGUAAUGACACAGAUAUUCCCACGCGCUGUUCAGAAUACUGUGUGGGCUGGAAAUGCAAAGAGGUGUCUGGCCAGUUUUAUGACAGACUGCUGAAGAAGUGUUUGAAGUGCUCAGAUCUGUGUGGCAGUCAUCCGCCGCAUUGCUCAGGGGUGUGCAAGAGCACAAAUGCAGUGGCCGUGUCACAGAGGCCUAACGGAGUGUCUGCAGUACAGUCGAUCAGCACAAGAGGGCGCCCGACAGCUCGAGCUGAGUUUUACUCGGAGCUGCUGCUGUAUUCACUGCUGGGUCUCUGUAUAGUAGUGCUCACGUGCACACUGACUGCAGCCAUACUGGUUCUCCUGAAGAGAGCAAAGGGACACCAGCAAGACGACCAGAAGCAAAAAAGACAUGGACAAUCAUCUGAAGAUUCUCUGAUGACUCGAGAAGAUGAUGUCUCUCAGGAGGGCAGUGUAAAUCAGGACAGACCGAGGGCGACAGAAACCUGUGCUUACUGCUUCUCUGACCACACGAGGGCGCCACACGUGCUUUACCAGCAGGCCGUACCUCAGCAGACACCACCCGCGUGUCAUGACAGCCGUCACCAUAACAACAGGCUGCUCCAUCAUCCGGCUAACGCUAAUUAUGACAAGACAAGAUCCUUCCGAAUUAUAUGUUCACCUACACAAACAAGCAUGUGAAUAUUCAUACCUGCCAUUUAAAUAUCUGUGCGGGGAAGAAACAGAAAGUAGUUUGGUUGUCUAUUAAAAACUGGUUGGUUGCAAUAGUAAAUAUGUACUGCACAUGUUUUUCCGUUUUUAAUUCCUAUGGAAAAUCAAACUUAAAUUAGUUUUAAGAAACUUUGCAUUAAAGCACUGAACGCAAAUGU